AUGAAGCUUGAUGGAGAGGAACGUCCCCUGGAGAGCGGCAUUGUGGAGUGCUCCUGGGUGGGGAACAUUGAGCCUUUGUGCCCCGCGGCCACGGCAGCGACAAGAGAGUUUGAUGUGGAUAACCUGAGCAAGCCAGAACUGCGAAUGCUUUUGAGUGUAAUGGAAGGAGAACUGGAAGCACGAGACCUUGUUAUUGAAGCAUUGAGGGCCCGGCGCAAAGAGGUUUUUAUCCAGGAGCGAUAUGGAAGAUUUAAUCUGAGCGACCCAUUUCUGGCUCUUCAAAGAGACUUUGAGACAGGUGCUGGUGAUAAAGAAAAGAAGCCAAUAUGCAUGAACCCUCUGUCCAUUUUAGAAGCUGUUAUGGCUCACUGCAGGAAAAUGCAAGAAAGAAUGUCAGCUCAGUUGGCUGCUGCUGAAAACAGACAAAAGAAGUUGGAAAUGGAAAAAUCUCAGUUACAGAGUCUUGAGCUGGAGCACAAAAAGCUAUCUGCCCGUCUUGAAGAAGAACGUGGAAAGAAUAAGCAUGUAGUAUUGAUGCUAGUGAAAGAGUGUAAGCAGUUGUCUGGCAGAAUUGUAGAAGAAGCCCAGAAACUGGAAGAAGUGAUGUCAAAAUUUGAAGAGGAAAAGAAAAAGGCUACUGAAUUGGAGGAGUCUCUUGCAGCUGAGAAACAAAGGAGUACACAAAUGGAAGCUCAAAUGGAAAAGCAGCUGUCUGAGUUUGACACAGAGAGAGAGCAGUUGCGUGCCAAACUUCACAAAGAGGAAACGCACACCAGUGACCUCAGAGAAGAAAGAGAUAAAAUGAUCAAAAUGAUUGAGCAAUUAAAAAAGGAGAAUGAAAGUAAAGCUAAUCUUUCUCAGAAUAAUAGAGAUAGGAGUCUUGUUUCUGUUUCAGUUGAAACAGAAGAACCAAGUUCAAGAACUGUUGCUUGUCAAACAGAGACUGUAAUGAUGGACAGUAGCAUAGAAAAUGCUAAGAAGUUGCCUUUGACUGCAUCUGUAAAGUCUUCUACAAUGAACCCGCUAGUAUCUGCAAAUUCAAAGAUGAAUGUGUGUGCCAAUGCAGCAUGUGUGAAGCCUGUCAUUGAUAGGCAGUCUUCAUCUAGUGAACUUGUCCCCCCCAUGACUCCUGGUUUUGCACAGAAUCAAAACAGAAUUGAAGAAAAUGGGCCAAGUACAGGCUCAUCCCCUGAUUUAUCAAGUAGCACUUCCCCUUUUUCAAAUAGUAAUUCUCUUUGCACCCCUACCACACCAACUGCCACAGCUCAGAAUUCCUCACUCUCUUCAUCUAUACACAAUUUGCAUUCACCGUCUGCCAACACUACUGGCCAUCCAGGCCUAAAUCCCCGAGUCCAAGCAGCUAGAUUUAGAUUUCAGGCAAAUACAAAUGAUCAAGACCAAAAUGGAAACACAACCCAAAGCCCUCCCUCAAGGGAUGUAUCCCCUACUAGUCGUGACAACCUUGUUGCCAAACAGGCUGCUCGGAAUACUGUUACCCAAGUUCUUUCACGAUUUACAAGCCCUCAGAGUAGCACUCCAUCGCGGCUAGGGACAUCACAUUCAGUGGAAGUUGGCACUUGCCCUCCAGUUGGUAAAAUGACUUUAAAGACUCCAAGUGUGUCAAGAAUUGACAGAGGAAACCCUCCACCUAUUCCUCCUAAAAAACCAGGGCUUUCACAAGCUCCUUCUCCACCACACCCACAGCUUAAAGUUUUAAUGGAUAGUAAUCGAUCCCCAAAUACAAGUGCAAAAACUGACAACAAAACCAUGACCUCACCUCUUUCAAGUUCACCACAAGGAAUCAGGGUAAUAAAUGAGGAAAUUAUUUCUAAGUCCUCACCUCAGCUGCCACCAAAACCUGCUAUAGAUUUAUCUGUGGCACCUGCAGGCUGUGCCAUACCAGCCAUAGCCUCAUCUCAGGUGGGUGCCUGGCCUCCCCACUUUCCUGGACUGAACCAACCUGCAUGUUCAGAAAAUUCCUUUGUCAUUCCCACCACCAUUGCCUGUAGCUCCUCCAUAAACCCUGUUAGUGCUUCAUCCUGUAGACCAUGUGAUUCAGACAGCCUCCUGGUAACAGCAUCAGGCUGGUCUUCCUCCCUAACCCCUUUGUUAACAAGUGGUGGUCCUGUCCCCCUGGGUGGCAGGCCCACCCUUCUUCACCAAGCUGCUGCCCAGGGAAAUGUCACUUUAUUAUCAAUGCUGCUUAAUGAAGAAGGACUGGACAUUAAUUACUCUUGUGAAGAUGGCUAUUCUGCCUUGUAUUCUGCUGCUACGAAUGGACAUACAGAUUGUGUGAGAUUGCUGCUGGCUGCAGAAGCACAAGUUGACGCUGCUGAUAAAAACGGCUUUACACCCUUGUGUUCAGCAGUUGCUCAGGGACAUGUCAAAUGUGCAGAAUUAUUAAUUAUGUAUCAGGCUGAUAUUAACCAUGCUGCUGAAAGAGGACAAACACCUUUGUACCUGGCCUGUAAAAAUGGAAAUAAUGAUUGUAUUAAACUAUUGUUGGAAGGUGGAGCGGAUCGAACAAUAAAAACCAGUGAUGGCUGGUCACCAAUUCAUGCAGCAGUGGAUUCUGGUAAUGUUGAAAGUCUCAAGCUCCUUAUGUACUGUGGAGAGCCGAACAAUGGGAACUGUUUGAUGGAUGCAGAGCCUAAUUUAGACUACUUUGAUUUGGAGAAGAGAGAAGAUGACUAUAGCAGUAGAGUAAAGCCUGUAGUUUCUGCAGAUCUCAUCAACCAUGCUGACAAAGAGGGUUGGACUGCUGCCCAUAUAGCAGCAUCAAAAGGCUUCAAGAACUGUCUAGAAAUCCUUUGUAGCCAUGGUGGACUAGAGGCUGAGAGAAAAGAUAAGUGUAAUCGAACAUUGCAUGACGUUGCUACUGAUGAUUGCAAACAUCUCCUAGAAAACUUAAAUGCUCUUAACGUACCUGUAAGGAUUUCAGUCAGUGGCAUUGAACCAGUCCAUUGUGGUACAGAGGAAUUUGAUACAAUAUGUGCUUUAAAUAUCCGCAAGCAGACGUCAUGGGAUGAUUUUUCAAAAGCAGUGAGUCAGGCAGUGACAAACCAUUUCCAAGCAAUUGCUUCUGAUGAAUGGAGGAGCCUAGAAGAUCUGUCAUUUAAUAGUGCUGCAGAAUCCAACAUUGGCCUCAGUGCAAGCAGUAUAUUCUCCAUCAAACUAGGAAACGUUUCAUGGUCAACAGGUCAGAUUUUUUCCCAGCCACCAUGGGACUUCUUGAAGAACAAUAGAGCUGAGCAUAUCACAGUGUUUUUGUCUGGACCUCAAGAAGGCUGUCUGAACAGUGUGACUUACGCAUCCAUGAUCCAUCUUCAGACACUUCAGAAUUAUCUCCGCCUGGUUGAACAGUACCGUAAUGUCAUUUUCCAUGGUCCAGAAGGAAGUUUGCAAGAUUAUAUAGCAUAUCAGAUAGCAGCCUGCAUGAAGCAAAAGCAAGUGGCUGCAGGAUCUACAUGUGAGAUUGUUAAAGUUGAAGUGGAUGCUGCUUUCUCCAAGGAGCAACUUGCAGAACUGUUCAUCAGUAACGCUUGUCUGAUCCCAGUGAAACAGCCUCCUGUAAACAAGACAACAAUUGUGAUUUUAGAAAAUCUGGAGAGAGCUUCUUUAUCUGAAUUACUUGGAGAUUUUCUAGCACCUCUUGAGAAUCGAAGUUCAGAAAAUCCCUGCACUAUUCAAAGAGCAAAUGGAGUUUCUGGUGCUUUUUACUUUCAUGAGAACUGCUUUUUGCUGGGGACCAUCGCAAAGUGCCAUCUUCAUGGCUCUGACCUGCUGGUUCAGCAGCAUUUCCGUUGGGUUCAACUCAGGUGGGAUGGGGAGCCAAUGCGAGGCUUGCUUCAGAGGAUUUUAAGGAGAAAAGUAAUAAACAAGUUCAGAGGCAAAGUACCUCCUCCAUGUGAUCCUGUGUGUAAGAUCAUAGACUGGAUUCUUGCUGUUUGGCACCAGCUGAACUCUUGCUUAUCCCGUCUAGGAGCGCCUGAAGCACUUAUGGGGCCAAAGCAUUUCUUCUCCUGUCCUGUGGUUCCGGGGCACAGCCAAGCAACAGUCAAGUGGAUGUCCAAGCUAUGGAAUGCUGUCAUAGCUCCUAGAGUACAAGAAGCCAUACUCUCCAGAGCCUCUGUGAAAAGACCAUCUGUACCAGGACAAGCAAUAGCCAAAAAAAAUCCUAGCCAAGGGCAGCAGGCUGUUGUUAAAGCUGCUCUCAGUAUCCUGCUAAAUAAAGCUGUUUUGCAUGGCUGUCCUCUACCCAGACCAGAGCUAGAUAAUUACAUAGCAGAUUUCAAGGGAGGAAAUUUUCCUUUAUCUGUGGCUUCGAGCUACAAAAAUUGUAGUAAGAAAAGAGGUGAGAAUGCUUCUUGGAGAAAAGUGAGCACAAGUCCUCGCAAAAAGUCAGGCCAUUUGUCCUCCCAGUCAUGGAAUAAGCAGGAGACAAAUACUGAAGCUAUGAAAUCUAAAACUGUGUUGCAACCAAACUGUAAGAAGAGAGCUUCUCUCACCACAAAAUCCUCAGAGAAGGAUCAUUUGAGAACAUUAAAUCUGGAGCAAAGGCUGUCUGUUGGUUCUGAUGAUGAAGUAGAUCUUGUGCAGGAACUUCAAAGUAUGUGUUCCAGCAAAUCUGAGCCUGAUAUAAGCAAGAUUGCAGAUUCUAAGGAUGAGUUACGGAUGUUCAGUAACUCCCAAAACAUUCCUGUAUUUUCAGCAAGUGGUACAAACCCAACUAAAACAACAGCACAAAAGGAUGGAAUGCGUCCUGUCAGCAGCAGUCGAACUGUGGAAAGCAGCAACAGUAAAUCAAAAACAGAGUUGGGUGUUUCAAGAGUUAAAUCUUUUCUUCCCGUUCCUAGAAGCAAAGUCACCCAGCCUUCUCAGAAUACAAAAAAAAAGCAGCAGCAGUAAUACAAGGCAAAUAGAGGCAGAUAAUAACACAAAAAGGGUGAUUUGGAAUUUGCACAAAAAAGAACAAAUAGAAAAAUCCAAUAAA